AUGUCCGUAAUCGCAAGAGCUUCUUCAAAGCAUGAAGAAAAGACAGUAUAUGAAGCACUCCAGAAGAGCAAAUUGCUUGUUGACAUUCCGUGGACCUAUGUUAAUCUCGGCGAGAGUUUGGAGAAGCACCCAUGCUUCAGGCCCCAGGAUAUGAUUGCUACCCUUGCAAAACGAGGGAACUUGGAUGCGAUCAUUGGGACUCCAGCUGAACAAAGUGAUGUUGUACUUCGUGACUUCUGGAAACACUAUGUGGCACAGUACCCUACACAUCCUGUCGCUUCCGACAUCGCGAGCGGACAUGUCGAUCCUACAUGCCUCGUCCCCCUCAAUAUUCACGGGGACGGGGGGCGAACGUAUCGGAAGAGCGAGUUGAUGAUCUUGCAGUUCCAAUCGUGUAUUGGUCGUGGAACCAAUUUGUCACACGGGUCCAAGAAGCGGAGACUGUCAACCGAGACCGGCGAAACCGUUGCUGCAGCUGGUGUGAACCUGAAGGGGAAUUCUUUGACAACCCGUUUCCUGAUGUCCGUGCUUCACAAGCGGUAUUACAGCGAGGACCCGGAGCCACUUCUGGAACUGCUUGGUUUGGUGUCAGAUUGGUUUGGGUCCCUUUAUCGAGACGGUUAUCUGCACGAAGGCAAAACGUGGAAGUUCCUGGUUUUGGGCCUGAAAGGCGACCUCGUGUUUCAGGCUAAGGCCACCUCUGCGAUUCGGAACUAUGCCAGGGUGCGAAAACAUGCACCCAAGGAGAAAUCAAAGCCUCUUCUGGGGAUCUGCUGCUGGUGCAUGGCUGGGACUGAAAAGUGUGCCUUUGAGGUGUUCGACCGGAAACCAGCCUGGCUAGCCACAGCUGGCCCAAACAACACGGUUCCAUGGCCUGCACCACCUUCGAUCCUGCGGUCCAUCCCGCACUGCGCCGAUGAUGCGCCGAGCUUCCUGAAGGUUGAUUUGUUUCAUACACUGAACCUCGGUAUCUACAAAGAAUUUGCGGCAUCAUCCCUCGUUCUCCUUCUGCAGUACUUCGAGGGAAACAACAAUGACGAACGGAUGCUAGCUAUGAAUGCACAUGUUCAAGUCUACUUGAAGCAGACACGGCAGCGCUUGCACUGCCAAAAACUGACGCUCGAGACCAUCGGAGCCAAGAGCAAGUCGACAUUUGCCACUGGAACUUGGAACAAAGGGGAGGACAGUGUGGUGCUCAUGAAUUUUCUUCCUUGGGUCAUGGAAAUUCUGCCUACUGUAAACAGAAGUGAGAAACCCUGGCGCUACAUCGAUGUGGGGGCCCGAGCUGCGAGACAGUCCAUGCACAGUCUCUACGAGGCUGAAGCUUUCAUGGCGAAAGACGUGGCACGACUGGCUGCAGACUCCGGUUUCACAUUCCUUCUGACCUACGGUAAGCUGGUUGAGUGGGCUGCGCAGGCGAAUAUUUUACUUUACAACUUGAUUCCAAAGCUGCAUUAUUACCACCAUUGCUUGAUCGAAAUGGACCGUGCUUGCGAUGAUCCGGAACUUGAGGUUUUGCUCAACCCCGUGAUCAACUCUACGGCCCAGUGCGAAGAUCUGGUGGGCCAGAUAGCGCGGCUGUCUCGCCGAGUUUCCCCUAGACUCCCGCAUAGCCGGGUGCUACGCCGCUAUCAGGCGGCUUUGGCUGUGAAGUUCGGCUUGGGCUAA